UCACGUGAAAUUAGCAAUAAAAAAAGGGGGGACUUAAAUUAAUGGAAGAAUUGAAGUGUGGUUAGUUCUCUCUCUCUCUCUCUAACUCUCUAAAGGGAUCGAGUCUAAGGGUGUCAACCAGAAGACUCACGCACUACUGCAAGUCGCCACCUGCCUUUUGUCUGCAUACUCUUUGGUUUUCAAACGAUUCCUUUGUGGAGAAGAAGAGAAAUAAAAAGGGGGAAAAUAUGGUAGGAAGUAAUUGUGAUGAGAAGAUGGCAGUCAUCUCUUCCACUGCAAAUGAAUGGCCAAUCCACCAGAAGAAUCAGAUAGAUGGCAGAAGCUUGAUGGGGUCUAGGGUUAUGGAGAAACCAAUGAACGGCCAAGAUCAAGCGAUGCCGCCGCCGCCGCCGCCGAACCAACAACCUCUGAAAUGCCCACGUUGUGAUUCAUCGAACACCAAGUUUUGUUACUACAACAAUUACAGUUUGUCUCAGCCCAGGCACUUCUGCAAGGCGUGUAAGCGGUACUGGACUAGAGGGGGGACCUUGAGGAAUGUUCCGGUGGGGGGAGGGUGCCGGAAAAACAAGAGAAUCAAGAGGCCAUCUGCGCCGUCCGUUUCAUCGUCAUCAGCUACACAAGAUCACCACAUCUCAGCUCCUUCAUCUUCAGCUCCAAAUCUUCAAGUUCAAGCCCAGAUGGAUCAUCAUAUUAAUCCUUUGCUUUAUGGGCUCCCCACUAGUACCCCUUCCGAGCUAGGCCUCUCGUUUCCAAGAUUGUUCAGCUCUAGGGUUUCAAACUUUGAGGGUACCAAUAUUUCUGGAUAUGAUCAUCCCCAUCACCAUAUGGGAUUAGGGUUUUCUUCUUCUAAUUCUGGGCUUUUGGGUGGUGAAAAUGGGUUUGCUAAUAAUAAUACCUCAAAUAAUUCUCUUCUUUCUAGCUUCCAUGGCGGUGGAUUGUCUUGUUCUUCUUCUUCUUCUAGCUCCACUUCUACUUUGGCUUCUUUGAUUGCUUCUAGCCUUCAUCAAGGGGCAAACAAUAAUGGGUUUCAUGGGUUGUCCCCAUAUGGAGAGAUGCAAGUGGGAAAUGGGAAUAUGGGGCCAAAAGAAGUGAAAAUGGAAGGUAAUUGGAAUAAUAAUAAUAAUAAUACCAAUAGUUUGUCUAGCCACCACUAUCAGAUCAUGAAUCAGACAACACAAAUCAACACUUCUUCUUCUGAUAAUAAUCCUUCACUUCCAUGGAAUAAUGGUGGUUCUUGGUUUGAUCCUUCCAAUAUGGGAUCUUCAGUCCCUUCAAUUCUCUGAUAUGAUCUAUCUUUUCUUUGUUCUUGGUUUUCUCCCUCUUUCAUUAACUUUGGGUCUCUUUAAUUUCUUUCUAGCUAGCUGGAUGGCUACUUUUUCCUUCCUUUUGCUUUUUUGGUUUUUUUAGUUCAUAUUUGAAGGCUACAGCAACAGAUGGGGGUCAAAAGGGGAAUAUAAAAAAUUUUCAAGGUUUCAUACAUAGAGAUAGAUGGGAGGAGAUUGGAUCUGAGUGAUCAUGUCAGCUGCAACAAAUAUAUAUAUUCAUCAUCAGCCUAUAUGUUAAUUUUUGCUAACAGAGGUUGAGCAAAUUAAAGUUGGAAUCUUUGCGCUGAGAGGAACCUCAGAUCCUUUUAUUAUUAUUCCCGUCAGAUCAAGAAUCACUCGCCGGCCGGCCGCCGGAAGAUCAGAGUUAAAUUUGGGCACAAGCUAAGUUCUAAUUCAAGUGAGUUAAUUAGUUUGGAUUAAUAUUAUAUUCCUAGCUAUAUGUAUAUAUAUGCAUUACGUAUGUAUUUCUCUAAGUACUGUUUCAAUCUGUGUAUUAGGUCUGGGGGUUUUAUUUACAUGUUGGACUCCUCGUACAACACAAGAACUUGUAACGAGGAACCCAUUAACUUUUUUUUCUUCUUUUCUUUCUUUUUCACAUUUUCAAGAUUCUUGUUAUAGUUUAGGGGAAUGGGUGGGGUAUAUUGGUAUAGCAGAGAGAGAAAGAGGGAGACUUGUUAAUUGGAUAUGGUACUACGUUAUUAAUUAAGAAUACGCUGCCUUAUGUUUUACA